AUGAAGGUGCUCCCAUCGCUCACCCCCGACCUCAGCGAGUGGGCUCUGAAGCAGCCGCUCUUUUACGUGGCCUCGGCGCCGACGUACGGACAGCACGUCAACGUAUCCCCCAAGGGCUUGGCGUCGACGUCGCUGGCGAUCCUGUCGCCGAACCGCAUCGCCUACCUGGACCGCACCGGUUCCGGCUGCGAGACCAUCGCCCACCUGUACGAGAACGGCCGGAUGACGGUAAUGUUCAACUCGUUCGGCGCGGCGCCGCGCAUCCUCCGGCUCUACUGCCGCCGGCGCGAGGUGGUCGAGCGGACCGACGAGGACAGCUUUGCCGCCUGGCUCCAGAGGCUCGGCAUGCCCUCCCGGCCCGACGGCGCCAGGGCCGUCAUCGUCCUCGACGUCUUCAAGGUCACCACCAGCUGCGGCUUCGCCGUCCCCAUGGUGAGGCGUCAGUUCUGGGACGGCGGCGAGGCCGAGCUGGCCGUGUUCGAGGACCGGCUCACGCUGAACCAGAACGCGGCCAAGAAGGAGACGCUCGGCAAGAUCCUCGAGUACCAGGUCCAGAACAACGUCGUGUCCCUAGAUGGCCUGCCCGGGUUGAAGGGCGCGAGGCGGGCGCACCCCGAUGCCAAGUUUGGACUGCUCCCGGGACACGUCAGGGCGUAUGCAGGGCGGGUGCUCUCGCAGCGCGAGGGCAUGGUCGUUGGGUUCCUGGCUGCAUUGCUGCUCUGGGUGCUGGUGACGGUCAUCACAGAGGGCACUCAGGGGCUGACGCUGGCAAAGUAG